AAAACGCGUUUACCUGGGUUCCAACGGAAGCCUUGUGAUAUGUCAUAUGCACUCUCUGUCAUGGACGUCAUGUUCGCAGUUGAUGGUAGUGUUUGGAGUCUGGACUGAAAUUUGGACAGUCGCGGCUGCGGUCUAGGUGCUAUGGGGGUUUACGCUCUGCCAGCAAAUUUCUGCGCGUCUAGGGCUUCCAGUCGUAUACUAUGACCUCGGUCCGAUCAGAACGUUUCACGCCAAGCCGGAGUAUAAUAUUAACACAAUAUUAAUGGCGGCCAGCUCAAGUUUGGAAUGUGAUAACUUAAGUUUGCUCCCAUACACGAGCAUCUUCCCUAGCUUAACCCUCUACCAACUCUUUGGCGAGCAAUUUCACGGCAACCAACGAUGGCCUCCUUCAAAUUCUGGGAAAACCCGAAUUAUGACAGGACCACUAAACGAACUGACAGCAAGAGGCGAAUGAAAUUAAUCAGGUCUUAUGCCCCCGAUUGGACCAUCACAAUUCUUUUGGCGAUUGUGUUCUUCGCCCUCGACGGCGUUCACGGCUUCCGACGAGAAUUUUCAGUGGAUGAUGAAACCAUACUUUUUCCGUUUGCAGUUCAUGAACGUGUUCCGGACAUUGCCCUGUACUUCAUUGCGAUUGUGGCGCCACUCGUCAUUCAAUUAGUAGUGAAUUUACUUACCGUUCGGUCCUUCUGGGAUUACCACUGCAGCGCACUCGGGCUCAUCCUGGGGCUUGCCAUCACAGGGGCCAUCACUCAGUUCACGAAGAUCACUGUUGGCCGUCCCCGUCCAGAUCUGCUCGCACGAUGCAUGCCGAUUCCAGGCUCCUCGGACCCCACUUAUGGACUCUCGUCAGACGCGAUAUGCACAAACACCAACACAGCUAUCAUGAUCGAUGGAUGGAGGAGCUUCCCUAGUGGCCACGCCAGUUUGUCCCAUGCCGGACUUGGCUUCCUAUCUUAUUAUUUGGCCGGAAAGAUGCACCUGUUCGAUACCAGGGGCCACGCUCACAAAGCAUGGAUCUCCAUCACUCCUAUCUUUGGGGCCAUUCUGGUAGCCAUUUCCCGUACCAUGGACUACCGACACCACUGGCAGGACGUCAUAGCUGGAGCCAUCCUCGGACUGGUUGUUUCAUAUUUUGCGUAUCGCCAGUACUUUCCUUCGCUAUUAUCGUCAAUGUCUCAUAAGCCGCAUCCCCCGAGAGUGCGACGUGAAGAGGAGCUGCCCACUGUCAACUCCGCAGCUGGCCUCCACAAUCUGUCCUAUACAGAUGGCACGGAGGGGGAAGAAGUGGAGUUGGUUGGUGGUAGUGUGCGCAAGCCUGAUCCAGCUCUCACUGGGAGACAAGGCGAACAUGAGGUCGACGGUGGCGCACCCCGCCUUUAGGUAUUUUUUCAAAAUUCACGGGACCUUUGAGAACUUUUUCGUUAUUCUGUACUGGACUAUUUCUAAAGCCAUACAUAGUCACGUAUUGCAUGUAUGAUGGGCGAAGAGCCGUUUACUGCCACGACUGACCAAAUUUGAGUUCAGGCGUAGGUUC